CUCGGCAGACUGCACUGCACCGUUAAUGCACAAAAAUGGCUGGGCCGCCGCUUCCCGGGAAAGUGAAGGCGGUUCUGUUCGAUGUAGGUGGAGUCCUCUUCUCGCCGCCACAGAUCGCCAUCUCUGAGGUGGAGAGGGAGCACGGACUACCUCUGGGCACUUUGGUGCGAGCGUUUGUGUCUGGAGAACCUAACAAUGCCUUCUGCAAGCUGGAGAGAGGAGAACUGACGCUCUCACAGGUUAAACUAGCUUCUAGUAGCAACAUUAGCUUGUUAGCUUGGCUAAUUUUGCCUUGUCAGUUGAAUAGCUAGCCCUUAGGACAUCGAGUCGUCUCCAGUUUCGUCUCGUUUCUCUUUGCUGAAAGUUCUUUCCAGAGUUUGAGAGUGAGGUGGAGAGAGUGGUGGAGUCUCACGGCUCCACUGUGCCCGCUGGGUUCUCAGCCUCGGUGCUGUUCCAGAGAAUGUCCAGCUCAGUGAGACCUGUACCUGCCAUGAUCAGAGCUGUGGACACCAUACAACAGGCUGGCUAUAAGACUGGGGUGAUCACUAACAACUGGAUUGACGAUAUCAAUGAGAAGACCAAUGAACUGAUGACUCAGUUUCUCAACAGUCAUUUCGACGUUGUUCUCCAAUCGUGUCAACUGGGGAUCCGUAAACCUAAUCCUCUCAUAUAUCGACUGGCCUGUCAUAGACUGGAAGUCCAGCCUUCACAGGCAGUGUUUCUGGAUGACUUGGGUCGUAACGUGAGAGCUGCCAGAGACGUUGGCAUGACUGCAGUGAGGGUGAGAGAGACACAUCAGGCUCUCAGAGAACUGGGGACGCUGCUGGGAGUGAGGCUGGCAUUUGAGAAGACUGAUAGUAGUAGUAGCUCUAGUCAUGUCUCACUAAAAUCU